CCGCGUCGCCCCGUCGCCGGGCUCGCGGCGUUGUUAUUCUACAAAAUGCACCCGGGGAUCGUUGUUGGGUUCAUCUGCCCGCGUGUGACAUGACUGCUUCGUCGCCGUUUCAUGAGCGACUCGCACCAGCCUGGGCCAUCAUCGGUAGACAGGAGCAGCAACUCUUGUGCGUCCACUGCAGGAGCCGCAAGUGGUGUGAGCCUACCUCCAAGAGCUACACCGAUGAAAAGUAGCCUGCUUCAACAAGCCGUUUCCGACACGGCAAAGCGACUAAGCAUUGCGGCAGCAAGCAACGGGGUGUCGGAGAAAAUGUUGGAGGAGUCCCGCAAGCACACUGCUGAACUGCGGGCCAUAAAGGAUGAGGUCAGCAGGCUUGCCGACGCUAUGCAACGACAAACUGAGGCGUUCGAGAGGCAGCUGAAGCCCGUCACGUACUUGGUCAUGCUGCUUGCAUCGUUAAUUAGUAAAUCAUUUCCGCAAGACUAAUCCUUAUUUGUAAAUAAUGUGCUGUUUUUAUCGUUCAUUAUUAAACAAGAAACCAUACGUCUCAAGUGCUACGAAUGUUUUUGUGUAGCACGAUCAUUGUGAGCUACCAUGUGCUUGCAUUGCCUUUC